AUGGCUCCUAUAAGAAGAUAUCUCCGUAUCACGAGGCAUUCGGUCCUUGAAUGCCGUAUCUUUCUAGAAAAUCCCGCCGAUGAACCAAGAUGGUUAUUGAAUGAGACCGAUCCCGCAUUGCCGCGUGUCUUUGAUGCCGUGAAGCCUCUGAUACUCCCGAAGCUAAAGGAGGAGAAUGAAACGGCUCGAGGUAAAGGAAAGAAGAAAAAGACCGUUAAGGAUGUCGUCCAGCAAGAUGAUUUCGAGGUCUCGAUAUUUCUUACAGAAAUCAGAACGCGCCAUAAUUUGUUGGUCAAGAACAAGACGUUCAAGCAGAAACCGCCAAUGAAAACCAACAAUGGAGCCAAGCUGACUGGAGCGUCUGCUCAAGGCCCAGUGACCAUUCGGGACGAAGACGAAGACGACGAUGUCGUCCUUCGCGAUGUUCCUUCUGCAGAUAACGUUGGCGACGACGAGCAACAAUCAGACGAUGGGAACACAGAUCCGGAUGUAUCCGUUGGUGACGACAAAAAGAAGCUUGGGUUCAAGACGACUUAUGAAGGCUUCAGUAUCUGGGGUUGGGUGCUCUGCCUCUUCGUAGAACGAAAAGGUGGCCCCGGCCAGAGGAAGCCAGGAGCAGACAGCAACAACCAGGCACUAAUGCAGGAAUGGAUAGUGUCAACUCAGCAGCAAAAAGAAGACGGGUUGUGA